CCUGGCGCUCGAGUCGCCUCGGAUUUGUUGCAAGUUUUGCUGAGAAGAUUUUGGCUGUCAAAUAUGGCGGCGUCCCAUUCGUUUCGUCAGUGAUGAAAAUCCCGGAAUCCGGAACGAUGGAAGACGGGCCCAAUUCUGCACCGCAUAAUGGCCAGUUGGGACCUUCUGGUGUGGGCACAAGUUCGUCCAGUGUCAAAGUCAAUAAUAGCGACGACAACAAUCCAAGGUUACAGUACUCGAUCCCGGGCAUCCUCCACUUCAUCCAGCACGAAUGGGCUCGUUUCGAAAUGGAGCGUUCACAGUGGGAGGUGGAACGAGCAGAAUUACAGGCUCGGAUAGCGUUUCUGCAGGGAGAACGGAAAGGGCAAGAAAAUUUGAAGAAUGAUCUAGUCCGGCGGAUUAAAAUGCUGGAGUACGCCUUGAAACAGGAGAGGGCCAAGUACCACAAACUCAAAUAUGGGACGGAGCUUCAACAAGGCGACGUUAAGCCACCCAUCUUCGAAGACGGCAUUGGCGGCGAACCUGUCGAUGGCGAAUCCAUCUUUAUCACUAACAGCAAUGUGAACUGGAGACAAGGGCGACAACUGUUGCGCCAGUACCUCCAAGAAAUUGGUUACACCGACACAAUCAUUGAUGUUCGGUCUAACCGCGUUCGCUCUUUGUUGGGUUUGAACCCGGCUGGAGCCGCGGCUGAAAAAGAGGAGCAAACGGGCGGAGGGGCCAUCAACGGAGGAGCUAGUAACAGUGGUGUUAGCGGAAGCAGUGGAAGCUCUGCUGGCGCCGGAUCCAGUCCUGGUGAUCCGAGCGGCAACAGUAAGCGGCUGAGCGAGACGCAAGGCCGUCGAGCUCCGGCAAAGAAGGUGCCUCCCGCCUCGUUGGCCGAAGCCAUGAUCAUGGAUACAGAGGCAGCCGUCAUGGCUAACUUCGACUUUCUGGCCCAAGAAGGAGUCGGUGUCGAAGUAGACGACGAAGACGACAUGAGCGAUGAGAUGGAAGACAACACGGACGAUGAUGCUGACGACACCGCCAACGCAUCGAACGCAGCAACUUCCAAACGAAACAAAAUGAAAGCCAAAAACCUCCGUGACGACGUGGAUGCCGAGACGGAGGAAGUACUCAACGAGUUCAGCUUUCUUGGUAGCGAUACCGAUGACGCCUCGCACGAGUUGCGAGUUCAAACUGAUACCACCGACUGGGAUCGGGGCCGAUUAACGACUUCGGAUGAAGACUCGGAAUGGUCGAUGGACCCGUUGCACAUCUCUCAACUUAAAGAGCUAUACCGACGGGAUCGUGCCAAAAACAAAAGGGGGAACGUAUCGCGUCCCAAGCGAUCCGCAUUGCAAGACAUACUGAGGAAUAUGGGCUCGACAGAGGAGUAUGGCGAUCCAUACUCCUUUUUCGAUUCUUCUUCCUCCACAUCCCCUUCUGCAACAGCCGAUUCAGGAUUCAGCGGCGGUAACAGCGGCAGUGUUCCCCGGCGCCCUGUUGUCCCUGCUCCAGUGACUGGACCAACUCCAGUCGGCAUUGGAGUUGGAGGUGAAGCGGCACAUUUGGGUGGUCUGGCUGGUCUGUCCUCUUCAGACGACGAAGGUGUCGAUGGUCAUCUGGGCUUGGGCGAACUGGCUCAAUUGACUGUCAAUAACGAAGCAGAAGUCAGCUAUGAUAUAUCGGUGAACAAGGAAUCGUUCCGGAAGACAUGGAAUGCCAAGUAUACUCUACGUAGCCACUUUGACGGUGUGCGGGCGCUUGCUUUCCACCCCGUCGAGCCCGUUUUGGUCACUGCCAGCGAGGAUUGCACUCUCAAGCUAUGGAACCUCCAGAAAACCAUUCCGGCCAAAAAGUCAGCUUCCCUGGAUGUAGAGCCUGUUUAUACGUUCCGAGGUCACACUGGACCCGUACUUUGUUUAGCAAUGAGUUCGACGGGUGAGCAGUGUUUCAGCGGUGGUCUCGACGGUUCUUUACAGUGCUGGAAUAUCCCCGGGUCAAAUAUUGAUCCUUACGAUUCGUAUGAUCCAAGUGUAUUGAGCAACUCAUUGCUGGGACACACGGACGCCGUUUGGGGUUUAAGUUUGCACAGCCAGAAGCUACAUCUCCUUUCGUCCUCGGCCGAUGGCAGCGUCCGUUUAUGGAAUCCUCAAUCUAAAUCCCCUCUCCUCUCAGUUUUUACCUCUGAAUCAGAUGGAAUACCAACCUCUGUGGAUUUUGUCCGUGACGAUCCUAACCGAAUGGUCACUUCCUACAACUCGGCCGCUUGUAUCCUCUUCGACCUAGAAACGGGUCAACCAGUCACUCGGCUCGACACAGAUAAGGGAGUGGAGGAUUCAGUGUUUGGACGGCAGAUCAAUCGUGUUAUUUCACAUCCUACACUUCCGUUGACCAUAACAGCCCACGAAGAUCGACAUAUCCGCUUUUACGACAACAACACAGGGAAGCUCGCACACGCAAUGGUUGCUCACUUGGACGCUGUCACUUGUUUGGCCGUCGAUCCAAAUGGGCUUUACCUACUCUCCGGAAGUCACGACUGUAGCAUUCGACUUUGGAAUUUGGAGAACAAGACAUGCGUUCAAGAGAUCACGUCGCACCGUAAAAAGUUUGACGAGUCUAUUUUCGACGUUGCUUUCCAUCCGAGCAAGCCGUUCAUAGCCUCGGCUGGAGCCGACGCCCUGGCCAAAGUCUUUGUUUAGUGGAGAAAGGACACUCAUAACCAAAACAAGAAAGGAGAAUGCCAUUUUUUUUUGUUGGAUUUAAUGGUAAAAAUUAAAUUGCGAGAAGAAACUUCAACAAAAAAAAAAAAAAAAAAAAAAAUUACAAAAAACACAAAAACAAAAAGGCAAACCAAAAAAAAAGCUUCAACAGAAAGUCGAUGAAUAAAUGCAGCGCGCAUGUGCGAAUAUGCUCGAGUCACAGAACGCGGCAGUAUAUACAGCAGUGUUGCCGAUCAGAGAGAUAUCUAUCAACAUGAAAUCAAUUUAUCCAGGGCUGCAAUGAAGUGAUAAGAGACUACUAGCCCGUGUGCAAUCUAUGGCGAUUCGGUAUAAUUUGUGUUGACAGCAACAGCAUCACCAGCAACGGAGGAAACGACACAGGAAAAUAAGGAGAAAAAAUGCAACAACGUGAAUUCAUCAGAUAAAAAGAUUGGUGAACUCUCAGAAGACUUCUGAAUUUUGAUUCUACACCCCCCAGUCCCGUUGAUUUUCCGUUUUUUUUUUUCCUUUUUUUUUGUUCAUUGUUGCUGUUCUAUCAUCUCACAACUCGACUCCGACCUUAGCUAUAAACCUUUGAGGGAAGAAUAACGUUGUACUUUUAACCCGUCGUCUGUCUGGAAAACUUGUAUCUUUUCCAUCUUUCUUAUCUUUAGUCUCGUAAUAUCUAUCUCGCCCAUGCUUCCGCCCCACUUCAUUUGUAAAAAGACAAAGCGAAACAAUUCAAUUCCUCCGUUCAACUAGUUUCAAGGGGGGAAGAAAUAUUUCGAUUUUUUUCUCUCUUCUUACUGACAUUACCUCUUGAGUUCAAUAACUUAACGUCUUUUAGAAAAUAUUCCACCCCACCAGUUAUAUAUAUAUAGAACUAGGCCCUCAAACCGUGUGCAUGUCUCAUAGAACUUGUAGCUUCUUUUUACUUUACACACAAAGAAAUCGUAGGAAACCAACUCCUCUGUUCCCUCGCGUUCUCCAAGGAUCCACACGAAAGAAAAGUUAACUCAGUGUUAAAGUAGCCUUUUUCUGUUGUCAGUUUUUCGUCUUCUCUUUAAAAAAAAACUGUACAAAUAAUGUGUGGUUCGCGAAGGUUGGUUUUUACGGCUGUGAGCAUUAAACCAAGGAGGUUGCAACCCUUACAAUGGCUCCGCGAAUGAUUCUGUGGGGAUAUCCUAGAUCAGAUCCUAUUCAGUGACUCAGAACAACUUUCAAGGCAAAUUGAUUAAUGAAGAAAAAAAAAAGCGUUUGUCUCGUGUAAUAUUGUUAGCUCCCUUUCUCUGGUUGGCUUCAAUGUGGCGUUUGGAAAUCUUAUUGUUUGUUUUUAAAAAAUGUCAAGAGUUUGGGUUCUCGUGCAUGUCUGUGAAAAAUCAGUCGGGAAAAGUUUUAUUCCGGAAAUUACUGAUAAUGUUUUACACCCACCUCCUCCCACAUAACAAACGUCCUUGUUGCUUGCCGUGCGUUCUUUUUAAAUUUGAAUCCCCUCCCGUCUUGUCCCUUUCCAACUGUAGUUAUUAUUACGAGACUAGGAAAAACUACUUGGUAAGUAUGAAUGAAAGAAGACGUUCGGUUUUUCCCUUUGGGUGCGUCGAAUUGUCAUCGCCUACUAAUCGUUGACUGAAGAGAAGGAACAAGUGGAAGAAAAGAAGUCAAGUGAAAAAUACAAAAAAAGAAAUACAAGUGGAUAAAUGUGUGACGAUAUCAGUUGGGUAGAUUUUGCUAUUCUUGCUGCUGCAACCAUGUUCUCUCAAUGUAAUCUACGAUUCGAACAACAAAAAGUCUAUUAUUAGGGCCCCGACUUAGUGUGCGUGAAAGAUCCCUAUUCCCCACCUUCCCCUAUUCCCACAAAAAAACUCAAUUUCAAACAUUGUCUGAUUGAAAAAAAAAUACACAUUGAACUAAUUA